AGGCUGGCUCGAUUAGAACCUGGGAUCGUCUUCUACUGAGUUGUAUUUCUGACCUGUAAUUAUGAUUUAGCAGAUAGGAGUAUACUUGAUGACGGCAACUGCCCUUUUCUCUUUUCUAUCUUCCUCUGGUCUUUCUUUUUUCUAGUCUACACCCGUUAUCUAGAGUGACGGCAUACAACGCACACUAAGAGGAGUUUUUGUAGCUCUGCAGAACAAGUGGCUUAGUUUUUUUUACAACAUGAACAACAUCAUGACCUCUUUCAUUUGCUUUUAUCGAGCAACAGCAAGAUGAGUAACGAGGGUGGUUCAUAUUCCUCCGACAGGCGUUUGCUGGAGCAUCUGAGUGGUGCUGAAGAACGGACCGCCUGUGACAACACUGCUCAAGAUGAAGCAACUCCUGUUAUAGCCUCAAGGACGCGUCAAGUCCCUGACGGAGAUGUCGAGGACGAUGCUCCAAGACCGAACUCUUCGGCAGAAGGAGGACCACAGCAGAUGGACCACCUUUCGGAGUUGCCUAGGCGACUCGAGCAGGAACAGCAAAGGGAGAGGCAGGCUGCACCUGCUCCUGGAGGACUUCAACCUGUAGCAGGUCAAGGAGAGGCGGAGGAGGAAGAAGCAGCUUAUUUUUCCGAACCAGAAGAGUUGCUUCGGGGCAGCCGCAGCAACAGUCGGAAGGACCACCAAAGACGGCCUGAGCCACCGGCUCCUUUGUCGCCCUCGGUCGACGAGCUCAGACGAGGGCAGCAACAGGUGCCUACUGCCCUUGCGGGAGCUGGAGCAGGAGAUACAUCUUCUGGUACUCCGCUUGCGAUUUUGGUCUCCGCCGAAGAAGAUGCGAAUCCAAGCACUGGUGUUGGGCAUGGAGAUGUGCAAAGUGAUCGUGCUCAACAAGAAUCGGAUGAGCACCAAGAACAUCAGGGGACUGUAGGAGAUGACGGCAAGAACACGCAAGAGCGCUUCACUAUCAGAGAGCGGAGUGGCGAGUAUAGUAACCUUGACCAGGGUCAGGAGCGUCAGAGCGCCACCGAUGACGCAGAUCUGAGUCCGCGCUCGUCGUCUUCGUCGGCCUCGAUUAGCGCAGGGGAUGAGUUCGGAACGGCUCGAUGGCUCGAGCACGAUGACGAGAACCCUUUAGCCUUAAAUCCCUUUGCGUUCUCGUUGCUCCCACGGUCCAACACCUCUACUCUAAACGGCGCAGGAGGAAGCACGAUAAUCCUCGAUUCGCGAACUCGCUCAUCGGAGCCGCCUUGUUCCGUCGACCUAGAGGGUCGCGGAGAGCGCCGUCGCCCUUCCGUAGACGGGAGGUCAGCAUCGGCUUCUUCGUCCAAAGAUCGGCUAUCAAUUCUCUCCUCGUCUUCUAGCCACAUUGGUGGUCCACAUGAUCAGGCUUCAGUCGGAGGUGGUGGAAGAGCGAGUCCUAGCAGAGGAGAGAUAGCAAACUCAGGAGGACGAGGAGGAGGUGCUGCGCCGCGACUGGAGAAAACGCCAUUAGAUUCGCUAUUCGAAGACGUGCCGACAGCAUCUUCCUCAGGUGGCAGGACAGGACCAGGGGAGGUGGAGGAAAAUACGAAUCAAACGAGUCCUAGAGGGGGUCAUCAUGUGCAAGAGAUCACUCUGGAGCCAGAGGGUGUGCAGAAUGCUGCACAGCUUCCAUUGUCCUCUUCGAGUUCUUCCAGCGAUUUCGGUGAAAGCGAGCGAUUGUCCGAUAUGUCUCCGAGUCACUUUAUCCUCGCUGGUGGCGGUAUGUUUGCAUCCCGCAGCGCAAAAACAGCGCAAUAUGUUGAAGCAGGAGCAAGCAGACGCCCGCCGCCUGUGCAUGAGGAAGUAGGCGAUGGGCUUCGAGGUAGUGUAGAAACCCAAGUAGUUGGAGAUGAAACCCAAGCUAUUGGAGAACGUCGUUCAACGGGCACCACUUCUGCGCAUCCUCCCGACAUGAACGUCAAAAUAAAGGGUGGUUCUACUAGAAGAUUAGGAGGACAUCAGGAGGACUCGUCGCAGUUGAAUGCUGCAGAAGGGCAGCCACAGGCCGUGGAGCGGGGUUCGGGCGCUAGCUACUUUUUCACCGGGGUUGUGGGAGAGAAGCCCCUAAGGAGACACGACUCGAGCGAGCAGAGGAGUCCGGAGCAGCAGCGCGCACAGCAGCAGGCGUCCGUUUACGGCAGUACGCACGUGCAGCUCUCACCUUCGGUUCAAAGCGAUAGUAACUUUGAUGAAAAUAUUAGGUUCGAAACGCACCAACGGCAAGAUACAACUUCGACGCUACCGCAACGGCAACUAGGGGCCGCGCCGUCACCGACGCUGCCGUCUACAGAACAGGUGCUUGAGGCUCGGACUAGUACGCAACUGAGAGAUCAUCUUCACGGGGAAACGAGUGCCUCAUCCACAAUAGCGGGAGCCUUUUCGCACGAACACGGACAACUCGACGACGCUAGCAGUAGACAGCAGAGAGCUGCGCGAGAAGAGCUCCUCCAGCCGAGCAGUGUACUCCAAGAUUUUCUGAUGCAGAGUGGUCGCAGCCGCAGCAGCGCCUCGCCUCGUGAGCCGAGUGAUGUUUUCACCUUUGGGCAGUUCAGCAUGUCAAGUCGGAAGGUCGCGUCGUCGGACCCGCGAAGCUCGCCGACUUCGCAAGGUGAAGACCACCUAGCUGUUGCUUUGGACAGGAGCGCUUCUACAAGCAGAAGAACCGUAGGAGAACCGCAAGAUUUGGCUUCUUCUCCAGCAACAAGUACUAAUGUGCAGAACUGUUUACAGAAGUACGCGACGCUGCGUUUGAAUGAUCGAGAACACUAUUUGAUUCCCGUGGAGCAAGUGGGAAGUGGAGCGUGGCUGGCACAGGUUGAUGUGCCCGAUGCGGGGUUAUCAUCUGUUUAAGGCUACACGAAAUCAUCUGUUUAAGACUACACGAUGCGGAGUUAUCAUCUGUUUAACGCUACACGAAAACAUCUGUUUAAGACUACACGAUGCGGAGUUAUCAUCUGUUUAAGGCUACACGAAAUCAUCUGUUUAAGACUACACGAUGCGGAGUUAUCAUCUGUUUAAGGACGUCCCAGGAAGGGGAUGCGAUUGCGAUCGCUCUAAUCUGUCUCUGCAGCACCUGGAGCGCCCUCGCCGGGUUCGGACAAGAACACCUCUGCUGGUGGACGGCGGCGCUCGGUUCCUGUUGUCCCACCUGCGAUCCGAACAGAUGGGAUCUUGUCAGGUGACGUUCUUUUGCCUCCUCUCAAUGCAGGAUCGCAAUCGGCUACUACGCGCUCGGCGCGUCAGCGGGCGGCGACUUUUGACCUUUAUCCUAGCGCGCCCUCAAGGACGAGCACCACGGGUAGUUCUACUGCAGCUACAGCAUCCACUGCCCAACAUCGGCGCUCGACGAUAAUGGCGUCUUCGCCGACUCUUACUGGAGGGAGAGCAUUUUCUCUGGCCUCCGAUGCUAGGUCAGGCACAACGGGAGGCACGCCAAAGGGAGGUGCGAGCAGCCCCGUCAUUCAUCAGCAAUUACCUGCUUCAUCAAUUCUGGGUAGUAGUACACCUCUAGGUGGACCAGGAAUACUGAGUUCUCCUGGACUAGAAUCGACAGAAGCCACUUCGUUUUUUCCGUUUGGUCAGUGGCUGAUGCGGGAAGUAAGCGGCGAGUGCGAUACGCCCUCACCCUAUUACAAAUACAGCCGGGCGUUACAUUAAGGCUACACUCAGCGCUAUGUAUAAUGAAUUCUGACAGAAGGUACAGGGUAGCUGAAAGGCCUCUACAACAUUUGAAUGACGAAAAAAGAGGUUCCAUGACAUAUCAUGAGGUCUCUGUGUUUCCUUCUCGCUUUUCUGAGUAGAAAAUACAGACUUUUUCGAAAGGAAUUCAGCAUCAUCGUUUGGAGCUGCUCUAAGGACAUCUGGAAGACCUGCUGCGAACCCCCUGGCGGUUGGAGAAGACGCUGCUGUUCGGGAUGUUCUUGUGUCUCGACGCUCUGCUCCACGAACUCACUUUUAUGCCCAUCAACGUGUUGCGAUCCUCCUUGCGGCGCAGAGUAGGACGCCCUAACACCGCAAUCGAAGCCAGUGAGCGGUUCCGGUUGACGUUGCUGAUCGCGAACACGGUUGUCGUGCUCUACCUAAUAGACUUCUCGUUCCUCUACCACUACAUCCGGUCCCAGUCGUUUAUGAAACUUUACUUAAGGCAAGAGUUUCAGGAGAGUACCCCCAAUUAAUUAAGUCCAUCUUCAGUUCAGAAAAUUGUCCAUCUACCAUCAUUCAACAUAACAUUCAUCUGGGUGUCUGUCAUCUAUCGAUGCCAGAUAAUCCCAAGAGUAGCCCCAGUGCACUGGGCUGCGUGGAAACAUUCAUCAUUCAACAUUCAUCCGACUCACCACGAACAGGCAUGGUUUUAAUUACUUCAUUCAAGGCUGCCUCUAGCUCUACCAGGAAAUCCGUAGUGCAGCCUUCCAGGGUAUCCAUCUUCAGAAGCAUUUUGGGAAAUCACCAGAGUACCAUAAUUAUAGAGUGCUUUCUUUUAUACCCCUAGACUGGGUACUAGUACACUACUAGGGAAGAUCUAAUGCGCGUAUUCUUCAACAUGCUGGAAAUCAUCGAACGGCUCCUCCGCAGUCUGGGAAACGACUUCUUCGACGUGCUGCUCGAGCCGGGGUUAUACCUGCAGUCAGGGGGUGGAGAUAGUGGCUCUUCUAGCUCUUCAGUCUCUAUUAGGGCUACAAGAAAUCCAUCUUCAGUGGCAUCUUGGUCGCGUCUUUAAAGGGAAAAGGAGACCCAGGACGCUGCUGAAGAUGGGUUUCUCUUAGUUCUAACUCUAGAUCUGCGUCUGCUGUGCCAGGUUCUGGCGUGUCAUCUUCGUCCUCGGGAGUAAGCAGCCCACCCUUUCCUUCAGCGAGCAGUCCAAAGUCUUCCUCUUCGUCACUUCAACGCAUCGAUGCAGCGUCGGCGCUUCCAGAUGCAGGUCUUUCCUCGUCUCCUCGUUCGCCUAGUGGAGGACGCUACGGCAUGGUAGGUAAGCUUCUGGGCCAUUUAGUGGAGGCCGGGUCGAGUCUCGGCGAUUGGGGCUCAAAGGAAACACCAGCCAAGGAUCAUAGGGGCGACGGCUCGAGUCCGCUUCUCGCGCCUACAGACAGCCCGGGUUCGCACCGCAGUCCUUUGGGCCUGUCAUCUUCAUCGAGUAGCAGUCCUGCAGGCACUCUUUCUAUUAUGGCUUCCUUUACGUAAUUCAUCUUGAGAAGCAUCCUGGACCCUUUUCCUAAAAAAAAAGCACGCCAAAGAUGCUCUCCAAGAUGAAUUAAGGCAAGCGCUAAUUCUAGUAGAGGACAUCACCAUCAGAAGGCCCAAAGUCAGCGCAAGGGCCAACAAUCGAGCGGAGGUGGAAAGAAUAAGCGAAUCGCGUCCAGCGCAACGUUUUCCCUUGUGCGAGUGCUCUUUACAAUGCUGUACUCUGUGGUGCACACCGUGAUGCACAUCGUACGCAUUUUACUCCUCAACUUAUGACAGAUGAUGCGAUCGACGUAGAAGUAUGAACCUGCUCAGUGUAAGACCUAUCGUAUCUUCAUCAACAAUUGGGUUUCAAAAGUCAAUAUUACCUUUUCGGACUUAGCAUUGAGUGUCAAGAACGUCAUGAUUGAAGUGCAAUCUUCAGGACAAAGCAUGUUAUACGAAGUGAUUGCCUAAUAUUGCCUACCACUUGCUGCUCUUGCUUCCAUCUGCUCCUUCCCGAAAAGCAGAAGAAACUAGUUCUCUUCUAACGUGCAUCGCGAUUAAUUCUCCCGGUGACAGCAGUGCGAUGUUUUUGCUUAUCGUAACGAACAAUUUCGGGGAAUUGAAGAGUACAGUCUUCAAGCGGUAUGACGGGAAGGGCCUUUUUGUCAUCAUGGCCUCCGAUAUGGUGGAGCGUACCUACCUCCUAGUCGACAUCAUGCUCGUGCUUGCGCGUCUCUACUUCUCUCCGCGGCGUGGUGGCAGUCAAGAAGCGACCGGUGACAGCUCCAGUUACCAGGUAGGCGGAGGUCAGCUAGCUUUCUGGCUGUCCCUGAUGACUUUGAUGGAAGUCGCCGUGGACUGGUUCAAACUUAGCUUCAUCACCAAAGCGAACUCAUUACCUCCCACCACCUUCGAGUACUACAAUUAUGCCCUAGAAGUAUAAUGGACUGGUUCAAACUUAGCUUCAUCACCAAAGCGAACUUAGUAAAGUCCUCGCAGGAAAAAUCACUAUCGUUCAUAGAAGGAAGGAGAUUGAAUUCUACUACAACUUGUCAAUUUGUUGUAGUAGAAGUCAAUCUGUGUGUUUGAAACACUAAUACAACUAAGCGAUAUUUCUUUGUUUGUUGUCAAUUUCUUUGGUACAACUUGAGUACGUACCUUGGUACUUUGGUCCAACUUGAGUACGUACGUUGCUACUGAUGUGCGAGAUCUUCAUUGAGGACCUCUAAUCACUGGAUGUGCUUGUGAAUGAUGUGAUCGGAAGUCGUGUUAGUUUCGCCGGUUCUUCAACAAGUAGCCGACAAGCAACGACCUCCUCGCGAGGAGGACACCGAAGUCCACAACCUUCGUCUCCCAAGCUGAAUACCCUGAAUACUUCCUCUGGUGCAAUGAAUACCAAUACUACUCAUACUUUUAGUGCAGCAGGGGAUACAACUACUCAUACUUUUAGUACUAGUAGCAAUGCCCUCGUGGCAACAUUAACACAUGCCGACCAACAUCAACAAGAGGCAACGUCGAAUAAGUCUUCUUCUGCUCUUGCUGCGAACCAAGGGUCCAAUUCACAGUCACCUAAGUCCUCACCUAAGUCCUCACAUGGAGCACCGUCAUCGUCAGGACCGUCAUCGUCAGGCAACAAGGGAGCAUCAAGUAACGCAGCUGGAAAGUUAAGGCUCGAAGUAGUUGUAUCUAUUAUAUAAAUAUAUAAGUCAUUGAUAGUCCAGCGGCGCUCAAAGCACUUAAAAAAAACAACCGGUUAGUUUUUACCUCUAAACCUUAGGUUUAUCCCAUGACGCAAUAUAUAAGUCAUUGAUAGUUAACCUUUUCUCUUUUAUAUCUUCCUCUGGUCUGUCUUUUUUCUAGUUAGGUCGGCUCCACCACAAAUAUAUAUGUCAUCUACUCCGCAGUUUCUGUUUGUGGAUAAAUCUUCUGUUUGUGGAUAAUCUACUUUCAACUUAAUAUUUUUACUGUGAGGAGCUCUAAGGUGAAGAGAGCACAUGGAGUCGCCGUUUCGAGGUGUGUAUGGCUACGCUCAUAUACCCGUCCGUCGCAUCGGAUUCGUUGCCCUUCCCUUGACGUCGAUGGUUAUUUGUCACCUGCCCAUCCUCCUGAAGUGGUACCCGAAUCUCUACACCCGACUGCUGCUGCUCUCUCUGCUGUGGCUCAAUGCGUUGUUGCUUUUAUGAUUCUCAAUAUUUGAAUAGGAGACACGUGAUUUAUAUAGGAAUGAAUCUAUUUGCACCUUCUAUGAUGAGGGUGUGGGUUACACCAUAGACUCAAGACGGCUGUAACAAGUAUCUCGUACGUAGUACAACAUCAGAAGUUCUUUGAACGACGUUGAGCGAGGCAAGUAAUGCUAAUGUUAAUGCAUAGGAUCAUGAUAGAUUCAACAUGUAGAUUCGUUGCCAUCUUCCCACUACCACUUCCGCUAAUCUCAAAGAUCCUGAGUUCGAUCCUCCUGCUAGGAUACAGUAUUCGACGGGCAGCGAAUCUGGGGAAGCUUCCGGAGGGGUUCUACAAUAUCAAGGCACUGUGAGCAGGCAGUAUCAAGGCGCUCUGAGCAGGCUGAUAGAAGUGGCGCACUUGAUGUGAUGGCCUUGUACCACUAUAAUUUGUUCUCUUUUUCGCUGCGUAAAAGUCAACCCUCACAUCUUUCGCUGGCAUUAGAGACCUGGACUUUAUCUUUAUCUCCCUAUAGUUCUUUUCUUGUAUGUUGAAAACAGCCAAGCAGUAAGAAACGUCACGACGCUCUCCAAGGUAUCUCCAACUCCAAGGAAGUGUAUUCAUGGUAUAUUAAGGGAGAUCUCUAUAUUAGUUAGGUUUGCUCCACCACUAUAUUAUAGCUCUUUUCGUUUGCCUCUUUGCUCAACCUCAACGCAGCUGCUCCUGCGAUGAAAGAUCAAGAUCUCUCUUUGUAUGUGCUCAACCUCAACGUGAACAAGCCAGAAGCUCUUUCGCUGUCAC